GGAUGCAACCGGAGCUCUGGGGAGGUCCGUGGGUCCCGCUCCGGGGUCCGCGGGUGCCAGCAGUCCCGGUGGUCCCGGUGCCGGUGUCCCUCGCCCCCCGCCCGAGCGGGGCCGGUCCCGCCCCGUUCCGGUGACGGCGCGGGCGGGCCGGAAGCGCGGGGGGGGCGCGGCGGCCCCGCUCCUGUCCCGGUGCUCCCGUCCCGGUGCUCCCGUCCCGGUGUUCCCGUCCCGGCCCGGUCCCAGCCCGGCACCGCCAUGCGCAAGUUCUUCCAGGAGAUCAAGGCCGACCUGAAGUUCAAGACGGCGGGGCCCGGGCAGAAGCUCUCGGAGCCGUCCCGGGCCCCCAGGGAGAAGCCGAAAGCCGAGGUGGCCCCGAAGCCCCGCCAGGCCCCGACGGAUGAGGCGCAGAGGGCGGCGGCCGCGGCGCUGGCCCGGCUGGAGCUGAAGCCCAAGGGAAAGGCUCCGUCCGCCUCGCAGGAGACCAUCAGGAACCAGGUGAGAAAAGAGCUGAUGGCCGAGGCGGCUGCUGGCGAGAAGGGGCUCUCCGUGGAAGAAAAGGAGCAGGAGGAGGAAGGGGCAGCUGCUCCCUCUGUCUCAGGGGUUUAUUUCAUCUGCCCCUUGACCGGUACCGUUGUGAGGAAAGACCAGAAGGAAAAGCAGCUCCGAGAAGCCAUCCAGGCAUAUUUCUCCGUGGACCCGGUGGCUGCUUCCAUCAUGGAGAUCCACACCUUCAACAAGGACCGGGAGAAGGUCCGGGUGUGCGUGGAGACCAUGGCCAAGUACCUGGAUAACAUCUAUCUCCAUCCAGAGGAGGAGAAAUACCGGAAAAUCAAACUGCAGAACAAGGUGUUUCAGGAAAGGAUAAGCUGCUUGGAAGGGACACACAAAUUUUUCCAGGCUGUCGGGUUUGAGACAAAAACACUGCCUGUUCCAGGACAAGAGACCACGGAGGAGUUCUACGUGCUGAAGGAGGAGGUGCUGAGCCGGCUGGAGGAUCUGAGGGAGCACAAGGAGCAGCUGCUGAGCUCGGAGCCCGUGCGGGCGCAGCUGCACCGGCAGCCCGCGCUGUUCCAGCCGUCGCCCGCGGCCGCGCGCUUCGAGCUGCCCCCCGACUUCUUCAGCCUCACUGCAGAGGAGCUGCGCAGGGAGCAGCGGCUCCGGACGGAGGCGGUGGAGAAGGCGGCGAUGCUGAGGACCAGAGCCAUGCGCGAGAAGGACGAGCAGAGGGAGAUGAGGAGGUACAACUACACGCUGCUGCGGGUGCGCUUCCCCGAUGGAUACAUCCUCCAGGGGACUUUUUAUGCCCGAGAAUCAGUAUCUGCGCUCUACAACUUUGUGAGAGAAGCACUCAGAGAUGACUGGCUGCCCUUUGAGCUCCUGGGACCUGGAGGUCUCAAACUGACUGAUGAGAACUUGGCCUUCAAUGAAUGUGGAUUGGUGCCCUCGGCCCUGCUGAGCCUGGCCUGGGACGCCGCGGUCAUGGCAGACGUGGAGGCGGCGGCGGAGGAGCAGCGCAGCCCCCUCAGGCCCGAGCUGCUGGCCAGGGCCCAGCCCCUGUCCUGAAAUAAAGGGCAGUGCCUCCCGUGCUGCUGCCUUCAGACUCGGCCCUCCUUUUCCCAGGACUGCUGGAGCUCCGUGAGCUCAGAGGUGGCUUUGGUUUAGCUCUGCAGAGGGGCUGGACCCGCUGUCCCCUGCCAGCUCCAGGCUCACAGGUGGCUCUCUCGAGGGCUCUCCACACCAAAGCAGGGAUUGCCCUGGAGCAGGGGCUGCCUGAGGUGUUCCCAAGGCAGUGGUGGAGCAGGGGUUAGGGGCUGUUAGGCUGGAUUAACAACCUGAGCCUGGGUAGGGGGCUGGGUUUAGAGCUCAGCUCCCCGUUCUGCUUCUGUGUGCACUGUAACUCCUACUGGAGAGAAGCUCUCUGGAUAAAGUUACACUUAGUCUGAUUAAAUGGAAUUAUUUAAAGACUCAGUUCUGAUCCCAGUUGCUUGAGUUGCAUUGUUGUUGUUGUAGGUUUGAGAUGCCAAACCAGUCUGUGCUGGGGCUGGCACUGGUGUUACUGGGGCAGCAUCACCCCCCUUGUCCCUUCAGAGACCAGAGAGUGACAGCAGGGAACAGCUACUGCUGGUGCCCGGGGGGAGAUAACAAACCUGAAAUUACAGACAAUCCUUUAAAGAAGUAAUUCAUAACUCACCAGUUGUAUAAAAUCCCCAGCAAGUUCAUCCUGUGUGUCACCAAGUUUGAUGCUAGCUCAGUCCUUCAAUACUCAAGCAGAGUUUUUCUGUGGGACAGAGCCCAGCUCUGAUGCAGACAAGAGACUGAGAAUCUAGCCCUGACCUGUCCAGCCUGUCCCAAGAUAAGAGAAACAAUGCAUUUUUCCUUUUCCAAAAGUCAAGCCCUGCUGCUGUUCUCUGGAGCAAGUAAGACCACAAACAGGAUGGUACAAGAGCAUAAAUUCAUAUAUAAUUGUACAUCAUUUAUACCCAAGACCACGCUGUACAACAUUAUGAACAGUCAUUCCCCAGUGGCAUCACAAUAAGCUUAUUCCAAAAUCCCUCAGCUACUUUAAGAGAUAAUUUAGAUACCUUCCAUUACAAAGAAGUAUCAAAAUUUCAAUAAUGCUUUAUUAAGGACAGAUUAAUAUGCAGUAUUUUAAAAAAAAAGCUAAAAAGCUAAAGCUAAAAAUUUAAGCUUCUGUCUGGUCUGAAGCAGAACAAAGUGCUGUCUUCUCUUUACAAGAAAUGUGGAAUACUUUCAAGUAUCUUGGUCAAAGAUACACAAGGUUUAAAACUUUCUAGCUCAUCCUACAUACAUACAGAGGAGUUAGUAGACAUUUUAGUCUCAAAUUGUAUUAGAUGGGCUGACCAUGCUGCUGUCCUGGUGAGCAGCUCUUGUGCCACUGGAUUCUGAAGCUGUGGAACCUGCAAAGGAGAGAAUGUGUUUGGAUUGUUUUGUUUUUAUAAAUAUCCUCAUUAAUCCAGUAAAAUUUGACUACUUCAUGUUUUAUCUGUCUUAGCUUCCUGCAUCUGUUGUGAGUCUCCUUUUCAACACUAUUUAAAAACUGGUUUUAAUACUGGCUUCGUAUUUAAUAUCACCAAUCCAGAAUAAAAAAAUCACUUCAACCAUAAAAA